CUCUCUCUCCUUCCUUUUGGAAAGCUUUACCUAAUUCUCUCUUUCUGCUGCAUAUAUAAUUGUGCUUCUGGCUUCUUGUUGAUCCUCCUGAGUCCUGACAUCUUCAUCUAGGGAUUACUUUCCUCCUGAUCAUUACCCAAAGAAACUUGUCAUCUUGUUCAUCAAUGGCUGCAACAAACCUAUUAUAGCCACCCUUUGGGAGUUCAAACAAUAUAUACAUACAUACAUACAUACAUAUAUAUCUGUAUAUGCACUUCCAGCAGGUAAUCAAGCUCUCUACCUACUGAGAUCUUGCACUAUACUAUUCAAGGUAGCUACCUACCUAACUAGGGCAACAAAAGAACAUAAACAUAUGGCUUCUUCUAGCCAUCCAAGUGCUCCCUGUGCUGCCUGCAAGUUCUUAAGAAGAAAAUGCAUCCAAGGAUGUGUAUUUUCACCCUAUUUUCCGCCUGAAGACCCGACGAAAUUCGCCAACGUGCACAAAAUCUUCGGGGCAAGCAACGUCAGCAAACUCCUUAACGAGAUUGCACCUCACCAAAGAGAAGAUGCCGUCAACUCUCUAGCGUAUGAGGCCGAGGCACGUCUAAAAGACCCCGUUUAUGGUUGUGUUGGUGCGAUUUCCGUACUCCAAAGACAAGUUCUUCGACUACAAAAGGAACUCGAUGCAACAAACGCGGAUCUUAUUCGGUUUUCAAGUAACCAAAAUACAUUAAUGACUCCAUCAUCAAGUUCAGGAAGUUCUCUACAAAACCCUCAUGUGUUGCCUCCUCAUUAUGGUAAUUAUUCAUGGAAUUAUAACCCUAAUUAAGGAAUUGAAAGAAACGUCUUAAUAAACUGCUAUAUAUGACGUAAUUUUAUAGAACCAAACAAUUGAACGACCUACGUAAAAGCAUUGCAAUAAAUUUAUAAGACAUUUUUGGACGUCUUAAAUAGUUUUUAAGACAUUUUUUUAGAAAUUUCUUAUAGGACAUUAAUUUUUAUAACAACUUUUUUGAAAUAAUGUCUUGUAAGCUUAAUUAAUAGGACGUUUCAGUUCAAAGUUGUCUUAAAAAUCUAUUAAGACACUAAAAAAUGUCAUGUAAACUUAUUGCAACGCUUUUAGAUAUGACGGAUAUCUGUUUGGUGUUAUAAACUUGGGUUAUAAAAAAGUGGUCUAUUAUGUAUCUGAUUAAAGUGUUUUAGCGUCCUGUAAACCUGAUUUUGUUGUAGUAAGAAGAUAAAGACAAGAUGAUGGUAGGUGAUAUUGUAUGUGAAUAUAUGAUCAUGUUUUUUAAGAUAUGUGUUAAUUAAUGUUAUCUUAUGUU